ACUGUGUGACGUCAUAUUUCACCACAGAGACGAGACAUAUCUUGUCCAAAAAACUAUUUAAGGAAGAACUGCAGAUGCUGGAAAAAUCGAAGGAUAAGACACGCAGAGUAUUUGUGUACCAAAAUCUCAAGUUUGUUCAGCUGAACAGCACCUCAACGCGUGGGAGGGAUUGACUGUGUCGGCUGAGCCGACGAGGGCCAGCAUGGAGAAAUUAUUCACCACGUCUGAGGCAGGGCAGGGAUUCAGCCAAUCUUCCCACCUGGUGACUUUCCACCAAGAUCACCCUGUGAGUAAACCAUUUGCCUGUCCAGAUUGUGGGAAGGGAUUCAUCCAAUCAUGGCACCUGAAGAGACACCAGCGGCUUCACACUGGAGAGAGACCAUUCACCUGCUCGGAGUGCGGGAAAGGAUUCACUAAUUCAUCUGCGUUGUUGAGACACCAGAUGAUCCACACAGGUGAUAGGCCGUACACCUGCCCUGUGUGUAACAAGAAAUUCCUUUAUUCGGUGGCAUUAGUGAACCACCAGAGAAUUCACACUGGGGAGAGGCCAUUCACCUGUUCUGACUGUGGCAAAGGUUUCGCUCAAUCAACUGCAUUAAUGGCACACCAGAAGAUUCACACCGGCGAGAGGCCAUUCACUUGUUCUGUGUGCGGGAAGGGAUUCAUUCAAGCAAGUAACCUGAAGAUGCACCAGCUAACUCACACCGGGGAGAGGCCAUUCACCUGCUCUGAGUGUGGGAAGGGAUUCAAUCAACCUUCCAACCUGAGAACCCACCAGCGAAUUCACCGCGUGGAGAGGCUGUUCACCUGUUGUGAGUGUGGGAAGGGAUUCAUUCAAGCAUGCAACCUGAAGAGGCACCAGCUAACUCACACCGGGGAGAGGCCAUUCACCUGCUCUGAGUGUGGAAGGGUUUCACUGAUUCAUCUGAGUUACAGAAGCACUUCAGAAUUCACACCGGGGAGAAGCCAUUCACCUGCUCUGAGUGUGGGAAGGGAUUCAGUCAAUCAACUGCAUUACUAUCUCACCGGAAGAUUCACACUGUGGACAGGCUAUUCACCUGUUCUGUGUGUGGGAAGGGAUUUCUAUAUUAUUCUCGGCUACAAACACACAAGCGAAUUCACACUGGGGAGAGACCGUUCAUAUGUUCUGCGUGUGGGAAAGCAUUUACUCAAGUUUCUGGGCUAAAGAUACACGAACGAAUUCACACCGGGGAGAGGCCGUUCAUCUGCUCUGAGUGUGGGAGGGGAUUCUCUCAAUCUUCGAACCUGGGGACCCAUCUGCGAAUUCACAGGGUGCGUAAAUCAUUUGCCUCUUCCAACUGUGGGUAAGAUUUCAUUGGUAAAUCUAACCUGGUGAUCCACGAGAUAAUUAAUGCUGGGGAGAAGCCAUUCACCUGUCUUGUGCCUGGGAAGGGAUUCAUUUGAAUAUCUGGGCUAUUGGCUAGUUCCAGACCAGCUCAUUCACACUGAAUGGAAAGUUGAAAUACGUUUUAUAUUUUGAUGUUAGUGCUGAUGUUUGUUACACAUAGGACUGAACCCUGGUCCCUGGGCAAAGUUUGUACUGAUGUCAGUAACUUGAUCAACUGGACUGGAGUUUAAUAUCCUGAGUGUGACAAAUAAAUGUGUUCUGUUGUAAA